AAAAUUUCUAGUUUCUAACCUAACACCUCAGUAAUUUUAUUAUCAAUAAAGAAACAAAAAAUUUUCGUAGUCAUCGAAAUAUUUUGGUGUUUUUUCAAGUAUAGACUAACGGUACUCUACUCCAUUCUUUUAUUUCACUAUUAUGUCUUUCUGAAGAAGUCAUGUGUUUCUGUGGCUUCUAGGUACAACGUAAAAGCAACCUUUUUAAAAGCUGAAAUGAGUAAGAGAAAAGUAUUUGUUACAGUUGGAACAACUAAUUUUCCGAAAUUAAUAAAAGCUAUAACAACUAAGAAAGUUAUAGAAUCCUUAUUAGAUUCUGGAUAUGACUUCGUUCAGUUACAAACAGGAAACAAUUUCACAGAUUUUCAAUUACACAUAGAACUUGAUAUGGCUUGUGAAAUUAGGAAGGAGAAUAGUUCCACAAUUGUAAACCUAGGCAAUAAAAUAACUCUGAAAUAUGACAUAUUUUUUGAAAACUUUCAACAAGAGAUUUCAAGCAGUGAUCUUGUUAUAAGCCACGCUGGUGCUGGAACGUGUUUAGAAGUUCUUCGCAAUAAAAAGAAUUUGAUCGUGGUUGUGAAUGAAGACUUAAUGGACAACCAUCAAACAGAAUUAGCCGAAGAAUUACAGAAUGGUGGUUAUUUAUAUUACUGUACCUGUGAUAAUCUGGACAUUGUUUUGAGGAAAAAAUUUAAUGCAUUGAAACAGUACCCACUCCCGACUGAUUAUAUUUUCUCACAAUAUUUGGGAAAAUGUGUAGGGUUCAUAGAAUAAAUAGUCAAAUUUCUUA